AUGGCUAAAUUUACCGUUUCUCAAAUUAAAGAUCUAUUAGAUAUUCAUGAGAAUACUUUAUUGAAAAUAUUUAACGAGAAGUUUGAUAAAAUGGAAAUCAAACUAUUAAAUCUUCAAGAAGAAAAUUCAAAACUAAAAAAAGAAACUAGUGAAUUAAGGAAAUUGGCAGAGUUUCUUAACGAGAAAUAUGAAUCAAUUGUUCAAGAACUUUCUGAAAUAAAAAAAAAGCCUAACUCAACAUCAAGCCAGAAUGAUAUAACAAAUGUUGUUGUCAAAGACAAACUUGCUGAGUUGGAAGACAGAAGCAGAAGAAAUAAUCUAAGGUUUACAGGAAUUGAGGAAGACGAAAAUGAAACGUGGGAAUUAAGCGAAGAAAAGAUUCAAAAUGUUUUAAAGUCAAAACUUGGUUUUAAAGACAAAAAAACUGCGUUGGAUAACUAUGUUCAGUUAAAAUUGUGGAACGAUUACAGCGAAAGAAUUUUGGAAUUGCGAAAACAGUCAUUUAAAGAAGCAAAAAAUCUGAGAGCCCAAGGUCUUGAUUUGAAAAAAUGUAGGGGACAAGGUUAUGAUGGGGCAAGCAACAUGAGUGGAAUUUGUUCUGGAGUACAAACAAGAAUAAAAGAAAUUGAAAAAAACGCAAUAUUUAUUCAUUGCGCGGCCCAAAAUUUAAAUUUAGAAAUAAAUGAUACUAUGAAUGGGAUGCCAGAUAUUAGCAACUGCUUUUCUAGUAUACAAGAAAUAUAUACAUUUUUUGGUAUUAGCAUAAAUAGGUGGGACAUAUUAUCAAAAAUAACAGGAGAAUCAGAAGUAACGUUAAAAAAAUUAAAUCCUACACGCUGGGCGUCUCGUUUAUCAUCUUGUAUAGCCAUAAAACAAAGAUAUGUAGACGUAAUGAAAGCUUUAUCUAAAAUUAUUUUGGAAAGCAAUAAAAAAGCAGAAAUAGCACAAGCGACCGGUUUAAGAAAGAAAAUGGAUUGUUUAGAUUUUCUUUGCAUUUUGAUGUUAAUUAUUGAAAUAUUAGCACCAUUAAAUAUCGUUUCAAAAUUAUUACAAUCUAAAAAUAUGGAUUUGGAUAAAGUUUGUUCAUUAUUAGAAACUGGAAUAAAGGAAAUAAAAUCACUGCGCAAUAAUUUUGAUGAUAUUCUUGCAAAAGCAAAAGCUCUUGCUAUAAAGUGGAAUAUAGUUCCAACUUUUAAACAAUCACAAAUAAAAAAAAACAAAAAAGCUGUUUGA